AUGAAGGGUUUGGGGGAUGCCCGUAGCCGGCACCUGUCCGGAAAUCUGGACUCACAUCCGGACCCUCUGUACCUCCAACAGGAGCGAACCCCCUAUUUAAUUAGCUCCACUGAGUCCUAUCCCCCAGAGCCUCGGUUCCCCCCUGAGAACUCAUUACAUCCUGAUUGUCUGUACCCCCUCAACAACCAGCUCUCCAAUAGCAGCACAUUUCCCCGCAUCCACUUUAACUCCCAUUAUGAGCCUCCUGAAGAAACUCCCCCAUACCCCACACCCCAUGCCCCCCCAGCAAAAAUCAACCGCCUUCCUGCCAGCCUUCUUGAUCAAUUUGAGAAGCAGCUGCCCAUUCAUCGAGAUGGGUUUAGCACCCUACAGUUUCAGAGGGGAGUUGUAGAGAGUAAGGACCGCAGUGAGAGUCCAGGCCGCAUACGGCAUCUGGUUCACUCUGUGCAAAAGCUUUUUGCUAAAUCCCAGUCCAUUGAAGGAGGUGGUCGAGCUAGUGUAAAUGGCAAGAAAGGAGCAUCAGAGGACACAAAGGGGACCAGGCGAAGCAAAAGCAAAGAGCGUGGUAAAGUAGAAGUCAAAGUGCAAACACGGGGUGGAGGGGUGUCUGGAUGGUGGAGCUCGGAUGACAAUUUGGACAGUGAUACUGGGAGUUACCGAAAUCCAGCAGGAAUGAUGACUUUAGGAAGGCGCCCAGAACAUUCUGCUCGACACUUUUUGAGUGGAUAUAAUACCAUCAGUGAAAGCAUGUUGAAGGCAUCCAAAAGCAAUAAUGACCUCAAAUUUGCACCUUUUCAACCACCUUCCCUAACCCUUUCCCCUUUGCCAACCCCCCAUGAAGUGGUCCCAGCUAGCUCAACAUCCUCAAUAAAGAGAGGAUCCUGGUCAACAUUGACACUCAGUCAUGCACGGGAAGUGUGUCAGAAAGCAUCAGCCACUAUUGAUAAAGCACUUCUUAAGUCCAAAUCUUGUCAUCAGGAUCUCAGCUACCAGUAUCUGCAGGUUCCGAGUGGGGAGUGGACUGGUGCCCCAUGCAAAGACGAUGACAUUCCAUGCAGGCGAAUGCGCAGUGGCAGCUACAUCAAAGCCAUGGGAGAUGUAGACAGCGAGGACUCAGAAGGAAGCCCCCAACCAUCCCCCAAAACCGCAGCCAGGAGGCAGAGCUACCUCAAGGCCACCCAGCAAUCACUGAGCGAGCAGAGCACUACCCAGAGAAGUCUUGACCAUGUGGAUUCCUUGGACAUUCUAUCCCCCCCAAAGUUCCAGAGUUGGGAUGAAGAAUACAAUCAGCUAACAGAGAGUAUAACUGAGGAGAGCAGCUUGUGUCAGGAUACAGAACCAAGAUGUAUUCUACAGUACCAGACGCCAGAAACAGAAGAGCAAAGGGAUCGAUAUCAGCUGUGCCAGACAGUAGAGGAACAGAGGGAUCGAUACCCACUGUGUCAAGUCCCAGAAGAGCAGAUGGAGCUGUACCCGCUGUGCCAAGUUCCAGGAGAGUCGAGGGAAAGAUACCAGCUAUGCCAGGAUGUGGAGGAACAAAGGGAAAGGUACACAUUGUUGCAGAUGCCUGAAGAACAAAGGGAUAGGUACCAGAUAUGCCAGGAAGUAGAGGAGCAGAGAGAAAGGUACCCACUAUGCCAAGUACCAGAAGAGCAAAUGGAACGAUAUCCGCUUAGCCAGGCAUCUGAUGAACAAAGAGAACAGUAUACAUUAGACCAGACAACAGAAGAGCAAAGAGACCGGUUUCCAUUAAAUCAGACUAUGGCAGAAGAGUCUGAGUCAUCCUUCAGUGAGGCAUUUGACCUCAACCUGCCCAGUUACUUCCGUUCACGCAGUCACAGCUACCUCCGUGCUAUUCAAGCCGGCUGCUCCCAGGAUGAUGAUACAACUUCCCUGCAGUCCAUGUCUCCCCCGCUCCCCAUCACCAGCAGGACUCUCCCCAGACACAUCGGCUCCUCAUGCCUGGUGGGCUAUAAGAAGACUCCUCCACCUGUGCCCCCACGCACCACCUCCAAGCCCUUUAUUUCUGUGACUGUACAGAGUAGUACUGAAUCUGCCCAGGACUCAUACUUGGAUGCACAGGAGGGCCAGAGUGAGGCCAACAGCCAAUCAGGGCUCAGCACCUCCACUGAGAGCCUGGAAAGCACACGUGCCCCUAGUGUAACCCGCAUUGAGCCCCCCACCCCUAUCAGACAGACUCCCCCUGAGGUGCCCCCCAAGAAUGCAGCAGUGAAGAUCAACAAAGAAGAGCCCCGUCCCCCAGACCCCCUCCCCAAACGCAAGCUGUCAUCCAUUGGUAUUCAGGUGGACAGUAUUCAGCCGGUGCCUAUCCCUGAGCCCCCACCUCCUGCCAAAUUCCAGUCCAUUGGGGUCCAGGUGGAGGAGGAGUGGAGGAACAGCCGCUCCAGCAGCAUGACAUCUAAGCAAGAGACGGACUCAGACACACAGGAACCCAGUAAUUGCUCAGACAAGAGUGUACCAGACUGUCCCCCUCCACGACAACCCACUCCUGGCCCCCCAGUGCCCCUCCCAAAGAAGCAUCUCUCCUAUGGAGAUGGGGGGGAAGCAGAAGCCUCUGCACUUCCACCUCCCGACCCUUGGCUGGACUCUGCAGCCUCUCCCCCUUCUACAGAGCCAGCCCAGACAUCAGCUUGUCGCAGGGAUGGACACUGGUUUCUGAAGCUGCUACAGGCUGAGACGGAAAGACUAGAGGGCUGGUGUAGACAGAUGAAGAAAGAAACAGCAGACAACAACCUAUGUGAAGAAGUAAUAGGAAAGGUUCUCAGUGCAGUCGGCAGUGCUCAGCUACUGAUGUCGCAGAAAUUCCAGCAGUUCCGGGGCCUGUGUGAACAAAACCUAAAUCCAAACUCAAAUCCACGUCCUUCUGCUCAGGAUCUGGCUGGGUUUUGGGACCUUCUGCAGCUCUCCAUAGAAGAUAUCAGCAUGAAGUUUGAUGAACUCUUCCAGCUCAAAACCAACAACUGGGCGCUGAGCGAAACCCCCGACAGAAACGAAAUAAAGAAGCCCCCUCCUCCAGUGCCAAAGAAGCCAGCUAGGCCCAAGCCUCCCCUGAGUCGGGACAAAACACCUGGUGCAUCCAAUAGUGACAAGCAGAGGCAGGAAGCCCGCAAGAGGCUCAUGGCAGCCAAGAGAGCUGCCUCAGUGCGCCAGAACUCUGCCACUGAGAGUGCGGACAGCAUUGAGAUCUAUGUACCUGAGGCACAGACGCGGCUCUGAGUGGGCAAACCCAUUGUGUGCCACAGUAGAAAAGAGGGAGAGAGUACUCUGGCUACUGCAAACUCACUGACAGACUCCAAAACAUUGAAAAUGCACAAAGAGCAUGUGGGUUUUAGGUUGCAAUUGCCAGUGAUGUGCCUCUGCUCCCUGCAGAGCGCCGUACAGUGCAGAGACUACUUAAUAACUAAUUAUUCUUAUUAUUAUAAACAAGUUCUUCAGACCUGAGUGGGGAAGAGGUAUCAGAUAUGAGGGUGAGUGGGAGGGGAAUCGCAUAGCAGGCCCCCCUCUCUUUCCAGGGCUGAGGCACUCAAAAAUCUUGCCGUUGCACAAGGACAGCACCCUGGUUGUGGACUGUGUACCACCUUUGUAUUACCCUUGUCUGUGUAAGCAGCACCCAUUGCAAUAAGGAACCACCUCCACCCUCCCCUUCAGCAUGGAGCUGGAGCCUGCAUCAAUGUAUAGUGGUACAGAGAGCAGCAUGCUGCUCAUUUAGACCCACAUUUUCUGUGAUGAGAUGUAAUUUAACCACUUUUUCAGCAGAGUGCCUGCAAUGCAUUGUUUUGCAAUGACACAUUGCUCAAUACAAUUGAAAUGUGUGCCGCUUGUAGCAGUACAGACACACACAGCUCAGCACAUCUCUGUGUUCCAGGUCUUUUUUUUCACAGCUAAUAGUUAAUGCCUAAGAUAUCAUCAAUAUGAUGGAUCAGGCCAGGCCCCUUCUGGACUGUAUUGCAGCAAGAAAUCUAGCUGUAGAUUAGAUAGAAAUGUGUUGGUGUACAAAUCAUCCUGUAUAAGGUUGUAGAGUAUCUCUAUACAGUGAUAAUAUACACCUCUAUGUAUAAUGGUGCUGUUUGUAGUCUUAAGUUUGAACAUACUACACUGUAUAUUGAUGCUAAGUUUCUUUAUACACCAAAUCCAUUUCUUUGCACAUUGACAAGUAUCUCUACACUAAUGAAUACACUGCACAGUAAUAUUGUUACCUAGUAUCUAUUCACUGAUCAUGAACAGGUCAUGCUGAGUAAUGAAGCUAAAGUAUCUCUAUACACUGAUGACAUCAUGAGCUCCCUUGUAGCCCUUCUUCGCUUGAUGACAUCAGUAAGGAUCACUGGUUCCUUCCCUACGUGACACGGACAGGACUGAAACUUCACGUUUUAAAGACGUGGAUGCCGGAUUUUUAGGACAAAAAUAAAAUUAAGAAAAAAAAAUUGCUGAUGUUUUAAUGAAUUUUGGAAAAAAUAUAUAUAUAUAUAUAUAUAAAUAUCUAUUACUAGGGACGCACCCAAUAAAGAGCAAUAGAGCCUGA